AAAAGGGGAGAAUUGGAGCGAGCAAAAUUGGCUUCUUUCUCCUUCAUUCGAGCUUGCCUCAAUCCUAAACUCCUCUCUCAUUCUUCUUAAUUCGGAGCCUACCUUGGUCUCAAUGUUAGUUUUUAAUGUAUUUCCUAAUUAUUUCAUCCAAACUGGGUCCAAUAUGAUUGUUUUUUCGUCGCGCUGACUUGCCAACUUGCGUCAAAUUCACGCUCUAAUGCUUUCAACAAGGCCAAAAAUGACUUCCAUUUUUUUUCUUCUUCUAGGAUUAAUCAUGACCCGUUGCAUCAAAUGUAGAAGGAUUAUACGAAAAUAAUUGCUCAACUCUGUAAAUUCACCUCGUAUUGCCGACAUUUCAUAAGUUUGCUCAGAUUUCAUCAGAGGGUGCACGUCUCUGUAGUUCCCGGUGCACAAUGGCCGAUCACCUGGGGAGAAAGAGAUCGAAGAAGAUACCGAAGGAUGGCGUCCCUAAUGGAUGCAGGGGGGGUUUACUUCACCUUAUCAAAGAUGCCGAAGAUACCAAAGGAUGCAUUUCGUAAGUUUGUUCGGAUUUGAUCAGAGGGGUGCAUGUCUCUAUAGUCCCCGGUGCACAAUGGCUGAUCACUUGGGGAGAAAGAGAUCGAAGAUACCGAAGGAUGGCGUCCCUAACGGAUGCAUGGGGGGUUUACUUCACUUUGUCGACUUCAACCACCAUCUCCACGUCAAGAAGAUGCUCGCAUAUAACAAGAGGAGCGGCGACAAGAAACAGGGUGAAAGAACUAAAUCUUCAAAACUGAAACAAGAUGCCUCAACUCCUGAGGGGAUUGAAUUUGUGAAUAAAAAUGCAAACAUCGCAAACCGCCUGUUAGAAGAUGAAGGGGUUUUUUCAAGAAAUAAUUCUGGCAAGGUACUCAUGAGGAGCCAUAAUUCUAAAAGAAGGGCUAGUGUGUCGAGUGUUUCUUCCACAUCCUCCCAAUUGCUUCGAACUCUCUCCAUCCAUCAUUUAGAAAAUGACGAAUAUGUUGAAGAUGAUGCCGAUAACAAUGAAAAUGCAACUGUUCGCGACACACAGGAGAGUAGUUCUUCUAGAAACAGAGAGCCCGAAGUUUCUGAUGACCUUCCUUCUCAAAGGAGAAGAGAACCGCACAAGAUUAAUAUAUUUCCCAAUCGAUUGCAAGAGAAACAUUCUGUUCUCAGAGAAAAGGUAAAUAAUGCGAAGGAAACAUUGUCGAAAAAGACAGGUACAGAUGUUAAAGAAAUUGAACAAGAUGCAGCAGUCCAUCAAUCUAAAGAGUUUAUGGACAUGAUGGUGUUACUUAAUAAUAACCGGGAAUUGCUGCUAAAAGUUCUCAAGGACCCAAGCUCCUUCGUAAAUUUCCUAGAGAGUCAGCAGACUAAGGCAGAGAAAGCAUUGGAUAGAUCUGGUUCAUUUCCAGUAUCAGGUUUAUCGUGCGGGCAAAAUGAGGAGACAACUAGAAUUAAGCAUAAGCCACAGAAAAGUGAGUUACCGCAGUACAGAAAAGAGAGUUUUGAAGAUGGUAGUUCUUCUUCAAAACAAAACACUAUUGGGAAUGGCGCGUCAACCGCUGAAUCAUUUGAGAGCAAGAAGAAUUCUACUAUCGAGUCUGCUAGCAUGAUAUCUAAUUCUUCUGAAAUUAAAGACAAUCGAACUGCUUCAGCUCGUUUCAAGGCUAUCAAGAAAAGGAUAAAAGAUGUGAUCAAAGAUAACAGGAAAGAAGGUCAUAGAAUCUCAAUGGAUGGAGUUCUUCAUAAACUCCCUUAUGGAAGCAAGUUUUCUAAGGCUUCAAAGAAAGAAAAGCAAGCUUCGUUGGAAAGAACAUCCACUGCCAGAUACGAGAGAGAACCGAGCAGUAAAAUCAUUAAAAGAGCUCACUCUCUAAGCGAAUCACUAGACAAGUACUCUCGUUUGCUUGAGUCUGUCUCUAGCAGAGAAUUGAAAAGGAUGCCUGAGAGGUUAAAGUCGAAGAAAGAAGAUAGUAGAGAUUCGCAGGUCGCAAGACCCCCAAAAACCUUGGGAAGAAUUUUCUCUCUUCCUGAUUUUGCUUCAAAUUCUUUCAGGAAAGAUCCCCAAUUUGAAGUGUUUGAUGCAGUUCAGUCACUUAAGAUACCUAUGAAAGUUGACAUAUGUGAUACUGAUGAGUCCAAGACCGGAAAUAAUAUUGAUGGCCCUCUUCAUGAGGAAGAGUUCAGCCGUGAAGAGGACCAAAGCAAUUGGCUAACAAGAACAAGUGCUACCGUUGCUUCAGAGCGUUUCAAGCUAAAACUUGGUGAUAUCAAUCCCGAGGAGCUAGAUUCUCCUCUUUAUUUGCGAAAGCAAUUGGAACUUUAUUCUUCUGAUCAAUUAGAAGGUAGCAUAGAAGAUUUUGAAGCGUUGCAAGUACUUUCCGAACUUGAUGAUUAUUAUAACUUCUUCAGCAUUCCAGUCGAUCCUCAACAUGAGACUCAAUUUAAUUACGUGAGAGAUGUACUUUGGAAAUCUGGGUUCGGGAGUACUGACUUUCUUCGAGCUUGGUACUCCCCGAACCAGCCAGUUGAUCCUUCGUUGUUCGAGGAAUCAGCAAAUACUACACCCGAAAUCUUUCUUGAUAACCAGCUUCUGUUUGAUUUAAUAAGUGAAGUUAUCUUGGAAAUUUACGAUCAUUCAUCUUCUUGCUGUCCUUGGCUCUCGCGCUUUGAUACACGGACAAGACCGAUGCCUUCAGGGUAUCGGGUAUUAGAGGAGGUAUGGGCAAAUGUUAGCGGGCAUCUUAAUGCUCAGUUAGAGCUGGAUCCAGCACUAGAAUACGUUUUGGCUAGAGAUUUUGCAAAGGAUGAUGGGUGGAUGGAGCUUCAGUAUGAUUGCGAGGAUGUUGGGCUUGAGCUGGAGGAUCUAAUAUUGGAUGAGUUGCUGGAUGAAGUUGUUCUCGAGACUGGGAACUAUUAGGUUGUUAGUGAGGUUUUUCCAGUUUUUGUGCACGUUGUAAUAUUAUUCAUCCCUUUUACUUCCUUGUAGCGCUGAGAUUGCUAACCAUUAUUCCUUCAGAGGUGUACAGUCCUUAAAAAAAAUUGUGCUUCGUAUACUU